CUCUCAUUUAAUUUUUCAUCACCUUUGAUUUAUCAUUUUUUUCAUUUAUCACUAUAAAUAGUGUGGACAAAUGCAUAGUUCAUGUACUUUCACUGCAUAUCUUUUAAUUAAUCACAAUGACAAAUAUGAAUGCUAAGCCCUUUUUCUUUUUCUGCUUGUUUUGCACAUUGUUGCUGAUCUCUGCUGUGGUAGCAAUUGAUCAACCAUCCAAAGAUGAGGAACAAGUACACCCUAACCGCGGGGGAGGAGGUGGUCACGGCGGAGGCUGGGGAGGUGGUGGUCAUGGAGGACACGGCGGAGGACACGGCGGUGGAGGCUGGGGAGGAGGUGGUCAUGGAGGACAUGGUGGAGGACAUGGCGGAGGACAAGAUCGCUAUUGAUGUACAAAUAUUGAAAAAUAAAAAUAAAAAUAAAAACCUAGAUGCAUUCCAUAUACUAAAGGUAGCAUCUAUGAACUAAUUAAGAAAUGAAGCACGGGCUACUAUAUGAUUGUAUACAUUAUACACCAUGCUCUUGUACUAUAUACCGUUAAUUAUAUAUGUUAUAUCUUUAAUAUUACCUCACA